AUGCCGCCUCGCUUAGCUCACAAAAAGAGCCGCAAAGGCUGUCGGCGCUGCAAGGAGAGAAAAGUCAAAUGCUCCGAGGAGUGGCCGUCCUGUGCGGCGUGUGCCCGGCAUGGAGUGCACUGCGAAUAUGCCGAAGACCCGAGAAGCAGCACGGCUCCAGAGUCACACGCCUCCAGCCAUGCGGCAUCGAGAGGAAGCUCCGAGUCCAGCGACAAUAAGAGUUCCACGCUGGGCAUUGACGCACCCUAUCCACACAGCGUCCUGACAGACUCCAGCUUUUCGGAACCUAAUCGCCAUGCAAUCGAGCUGUACCUUGUACACCGAUUCAAGACGUGCGUGGCCGGUGCCUUUCCCUCGUAUGAGAGUGCGGAGCUCAGGGACAUUUGGGUCUGGACUUCCGUGGACAUGGGGUUCGACUUUCCCUAUCUGCUUGAUGCCAUCUUCGCCAUCACGGCACUGUACAUCUGGGUGACUUCGUCCGCUCCGCAGACAGAGACCGAGUCCGUGCCGCUACCUAGAUCGCUUCGUGGUGUCGACUACGCGCAACUACACAGAAUGUAUCUCAAUCGGUCCAUUUGCCUGCAGAGGGAUGCCUUGGCCAACCUCACAUCCGAAAACGCCGAUGCCGUGGGGCUCACGGCCGUCCUGCUUUCCACCAUGGCAACUUGUCUUCUCUCGGACAAUGACGAUGCUGAUGCCGGAGAGAGCAGCUACACUCCGCCCAUCCCAUGGCUGACGAUGCAUGCAUCCAUCGCGGCUGUCUUCCGGAACGCCGUCCCCUUCCUCCAACCUGACGGACCAAUGGUGCGUUACGCGAAGGUUACUGCUCAGCCUACAUUCAGCAACGACCUUGCUCUCUCGGACCCGGAAAACCUAGCCCCGUUCCAGAAGCUCCUCGAGUUUCAGAGCUCAGAGGACUCCUCCGACUGCUCGGGCGAGAGAUCAGACCCGUCAGUCCAAGACGCAUAUGUCAAAGCCGUGGCGUUCCUGGGCAGCAUCUGUAAAGCCCUACAGGUGGCUGAACAACGCUAUCGAAUCUGUAUGCGCGUGGUGGCCUUCGGGCAUACCAUUCCACGGACGUUUAUUCGUCUCCUGGCCGAACGCCGACCGAGAGCUUUGGCUAUCUUGGCGAACUAUAUGGCCUUUGUCAAGUAUAUUGAGAAGUACUGGUGGUUCAGAAAUCGUGCGCAGAUAGAGAUAUCUGGAAUCCGGAGCAUACUUCCUCGCCAGUGGCAUUGGGCGCUCGUCUGGCCGUUGGCGGUUCUGCAGGAGCCCGAGAAGGUCCUACUAAACCCGAGGGGAUUUCAAGAUCUUGACGUGCAGCAAGAGCAAUGA